GAAUUGCUGCGCUCCAAAUUGCCUCUGCUGGAUGAUCCCAUCGUGGAUUAUCUAGCUGGAUACGUCGAAGAGCCAGACGACGGGCGGGAUGAGGUGUUGCAAUUGAUCCGAUCCAUCUUGGAGAGCGCCACAUUGACGGAUAGCGAAGCUGCAUCGGGUGCGGUGGUGGAUGCGGUGCUGUUCGAACUGGCCGGCAUGCUUCCCGACGCCGCCUCUGCAGACAGCGCAUCGCUGCUCAGGCUGGACAGGGUGGUGGAUAUGAACAAGACGGAGCUCAGCAAGACGGUGGGCUUCGAUCAGGGCAACGUGGACAUUGCAUCUGGCACCACGCUCAAGGCCCGCUCCAACGUCGACGUCAAGGCGUUGGAGAAGCAAGAGAAAAAGACGAGGGCGAAAUUGGCAAAGAGGGCGCAGAGGGACUUGUACGAGACGAGCAAAUUGGUGGAGAAUGCAAAGAGGCAGGAGAGCUACGAGGAAAUGUUUCUCAAGGUCAAUCCCAUCGAGAAUGCGGCAAACAAGAGCAAGAACAAGGAUGUUCACCUGCCAAACAUCGACCUCUCCUUUGGUUCCAAUCGUCUCUUGUCUGGCGCUUCAUUGACGCUGGCUCAAGGCAGGAGGUACGGCUUGAUCGGCAGAAACGGCACGGGAAAAUCGACAUUGCUGCGCAACAUGGCGCUGCGAGAGAUUCCCAUUCCCACCCACGUCUCCAUCCUCUACGUGGAGCAAGAAGUCUCUGGCGAAUCCGUCUCUGCUCUCAAUGCCGUUCUCAAAGCCGACGUCUGGCGGGACAAGUUGAUGAGCGAAGAGCAAAGUUUGAAUGCGGAGCUCAGCAAAUUGGAAAAGGAUGCGGCUGCUGCUGUUCGAGCUGCAAAGGACGCUGCUGGAACGCGCGACGAUCGCGACGAUGAUGACGACGCUGCCGCUGCCGCUGCCGCCACUGCUGUGGAUAUGCCUACGAGACAGAGGGAAAUUCAGAGGGAAGAAUUGACGGCGAGGUUAGGAGAGGUGCAGGCUAAAUUGGUCGACAUGGAAGCCGAUACUGGACCCAGCAGAGCUGCUUCGCUCUUGAGUGGUCUGGGCAUCCUGGACAAGGAUCAGAGCAAACCCACAUCGUCCUUCAGCGGUGGUUGGCGCAUGCGUAUCGCCCUCGCAAGAGCCCUCUUUUGCAAGCCCGACUUGCUCAUGCUCGACGAGCCUUCGAACAUGCUGGACCUCAACGCCAUUGCUUGGCUGGAAGAUUACCUCGUCAACGAGUGGCAAGGCACACUGCUCGUCGUCUCCCACGACAGGUCCUUUCUCGACACGGUCGCUACGGACAUUGUGCAUCUGCACUCCGAGAGGCUGGACUACUACAAGGGCAACUUUACCCAAUUCUACGAGACUCGAAGCGAGAGGAGAAAGAAUCAGCUUCGCGAGUACGAAGCUUCGGUGGCGAAGCGGGCGCACUUGCAGGCCUUCAUCGAUAGGUGGAGAUACAAUGCGAACCGAGCAGCUCAAGCUCAGAGCAAAAUCAAGGAGCUGGAAAGGAUGCCAGAGGUGGAAGCUCCAGAGCAAGAUGAGGUUGUCAAGUUUAGACUGCCCGAGACGGACAAAUUGCCACCUCCGCUCCUGCAAUUGGACAAUGUGACGUUUGGCUACACGCCAGACAAGAUUCUUCUCAGAGACGUCAAUUUUGAUGUGGGCAUGGAGAGCAGGAUCGCCAUUGUGGGCUCCAACGGUGCUGGCAAAUCCACCCUCAUGAAAUUGCUCAUGGGCAACAUCAACCCCAUCAGCGGCGACCAAAAGCGCAACAAUAGGCUUCGAAUCGGAUACUUUUCUCAGCAUCAUAUUGAUCAGCUGGAUCUCACAGUCAGCCCCGUCGCCUUUCUAGCAGCCAAAUUUCCGGGCAAGUCUGUGGAAGAGUACAGAUCUCACCUCGGCGCAUUCGGCAUCAAAGGUCCUACCGGCCUUCAGAUCAUCGCGACGCUCAGUGGAGGUCAAAAGUCCAGAGUGGCCUUUGCGCAAUUGUCGCUGAUGAGACCCCACGUGCUGUUGCUGGACGAGCCGACGAAUCACUUGGACAUUGAAGGCUUGGACGCUCUGAUGGACGCCAUCAAGGCUUGGAACGGGGGCGUCAUCGCCAUCAGCCACGACCAGCGUUUCAUCCAAAAUUGCAUGGAUCAGCUUUGGGUCGCUGAUGCCGAAAAGAAGACGGUCACGCAAUUCAGGGGCGAUGUGGAGAGCUACAAGAGCAUCAUCAUCGAGAUGAACAAAAAGUUGCAGACUUCGCACAGUUGACGCGCAAUGCAUGCAAUUAGCCUUGCAUCGUCACGCGCCCCGCUUCACACGCUCAUGGCCAUCUUGAUGGCGGGACACGGAUCGUAGCCUUGCA